AUGGAGACAGACAAAAUGUCAACAGCAUCAUCAGUGGGUGCUGAGAGGAGGCCCUUGCUGCAAGCGUUAGUGCUGGAGAGAAGGAUCCUUUUCGCUUGCACUGUUCUCGUUGGGUUGUCAACAUUUGUAUGGAUAACUGCUGUAUGCACCGAGAAAUGGGUGCAUAUUUAUAGCCCAAAUGGUAUAUAUCUACCAACCAGGGGAGAAUAUUUUAUGUGGAGUGACUCCGGUGUAUGGGAAAUAUGCAGAUACGUAUUUCGUCCUACGCUUGUUCCCGAGGCAGUGAAUGCAUCAACAACACCAAGACCUAUUGAUGUUACAGGAUUGACAGGGGAAUAUUAUACAAAUCACUUCCGAUGUACUCGUAUGUCGUCCCUUGCGGGCUUCUUCUUCGGGAAAGUUCUUCCUUGCGUGAGCACACUGACGCGUAAUCCUAGAAUAUGUUGGAACAUGAACUCCUCAUUUCGCUCUCAAGUAUUGAUUUACCAGCUCUACUGCACGAACUACUUAGCACAGCCUAUUAUGAAGAAUGGAAAACCAGCAGAUCCCGCUUACGAUAUUGAUGUUGCAAACUACGUUCGAACGAUGAUAUCAUUCGGUAUCAUAAGUUUGUUCGUGAUGGCUAUGGGCUGUGGCUUCUCAAUCUACACCUUCCGCAACCCAAGAUAUAUGUUCAAGCGUCUCGCAGCUGGCAUACACUUUAUAAGCACUUCCUGUACUUUUGUAGUGGUGCAAGUCACAAUGUCGUCUUUGGAUCACAUGCAGAAGAACGUGAAAUAUAUUUAUCCUGAACGUGCCUCUCACUACUUCCAUAUAAGUUACUUCCUGGCGUGGUUCGUUGUCCUAGUGAACUUCUUCGCAGCGGCGUCCUUCCUCUGGUAUUCCCGUAAAAGGAAAGGUGAUAAGGCAGCGACCGAUGAACUUGCAAUGGCGGACGAACCUACGAUUAUAGGUCGAUGA